AUGGUUUCUGUUGUUUUAGGUCAAGGAUUAACUGACGGGAAGAAGGCCUUGUACCACUGUAACUAUUGCAACAAAGAUAUCUCAGGAAAGAUCCGCUUUAAGUGUGUACCUUGUCCUGAUUUUGACCUUUGUGUGGAGUGCUUUUCUGUUGGAGCUGAGGUGACCCCUCACAAAUGCAAUCAUCCAUAUAGGGUUAUGGAUAAUUUGUCAUUUCCACUAAUAUGUCCCGACUGGAAUGCAGAUGAAGAGAUAUUACUCCUAGAGGGAAUUGAAAUGUACGGAUUGGGGAACUGGGCUGAAGUUGCAGAGCAUGUUGGUACAAAAAGCAAAACACAAUGUAUUGAGCACUAUAAUGCUAUAUAUAUGAACUCACCAUGCUUUCCUCUGCCGGACAUGUCUCAUGUUAUGGGAAAGAAUAGGGAAGAACUUCUUGCUAUGGCCAAGGAGCAAAGUGAAGUUAAGAAAGGUCAGCUUUCAAAUGAUUUAAUUCUCUGUUUUAGCUCUAUUCUGGAGUGUGUGCUUCUUGAUUGUCACCAACGGAGACAAGGCAUCUUCUUAGAGGUGUCCAUGUGUCUUGGAUUUGCUACCCAUGGGGACCUUGCUGUAAAGGAAGAGCCUCCAUUAUCCACCAAAGUCAAGAUUGAAGAUCAACGGAAGGAAGGCAUAACAGGGCGAUCCUCAUCUAGCUUAGCUUCAGACACAAGUACUGGUGUUGGUGCGGGUAGUGGUGACACCACCACUAGUGCGGUUAAACUGGCAUCCCAGAUCAAGGAUGGUAAUGAUUGCAUCAAGGUAGAAGAUUCUCAUGCAGACAGGAGUGUUGGAGAGAAAAAACCUAGGACAUCAGUGGAUGAGGGGCCUCAUAUGACUGAGUUGACUAGCUACAAUUUCAAGAGGCAAGAGUUUGAGAUUGAAUAUGAUAAUGAUGCGGAACAGUUACUCGCAGAUAUGGAAUUUAAGGAUACAGAUACUGAUGCUGAGCAUGAACUAAAGCUGCGGGUGUUGCGUAUUUACUCGAAGAGGCUUGAUGAAAGAAAGAGGAGAAAGGAUUUUAUUCUGGAAAGGAAUUUACUUUAUCCUGAUCCAUUUGAGAAGAACGUCUCAGCUGAAGAGAAGGAAAUUUGUCAGCGUUAUAAAGUGUUUAUGAGAUUCCAUUCCAAAGAGGAGCAUGAAGAACUUGUUAGGAGUGUUAUCGAGGAACACAGGAUUUUGAAGAGAAUACAAGAUCUACAGGAGGCCCGAGCUGCUGGAUGCCACACUUCUGCUCAGGCUGAAAGAUUUAUUGAGCAAAAAAAGAAGGAAGCUGAAGAAAAUACUCGUAAAUUGAAGGAUGGUGCCCAGGCUGGCCCUAGUGGUAAAUUUUUGCAGAGGGCAAACCAUCUGAAAGGUGAACCUGAUAGCAGUCCCAGAGGAAAUGCACGAGGAUCUUCAUUAUCAGAUUCCGUUGGCAAGGACUCUUCUUCAACAGCAGGACAAACUAUUUCUAGCUCCUUAGAUUGUUGGGACAUCACUGGAUUUCCAGGGGCCGACCUUCUCACUGAAACGGAGAAGCAGCUAUGCAGUGAGCUGAGGAUCCUACCUUCACAUUACUUCAACAUGUUGCAGGACAUGUCAAUGGGCGUGUUUAAUGGCAAGAUCACCCAGAAAUCCGAUCUUCAUGACCUGAUCAAGGGUGUUGAGCCAAGCAAGGUGGAUAGGGUUUAUGAUAUGCUUGUAAAGAGGGGUAUUGGACAACCAUAA